UCAGUACAGCGCCACCGAGUCCCAUCGAGGUCCUUAUCUAUCUGAUCCCCAGAAUCUCCCCUACACAUCCUUGUCGGGUGGCACGUGGGAGCAGCGGCCUGAGGAGAAUAGCAAGGGACGGGAAGCCGAGGAAGGAAGAAACAGAAGGGGAGAUGCUGCGGCUACUGGCGAGGCGACUGAUGAGCAACGUGCCGGAGAGCACGGUGUACGGCGGGCCGAAGCCCCAAUCCCCCGGUCGCCGGGUCACGCUCACCCAUCUCCGCCAGAAGCACCGCCGCGGCGAGCCCAUCACCGUCGUCACCGCCUACGACUACCCCUCCGCCGCCCACGUCGACUCGUCUGGCGUCGACGUGCUCCUCGUCGGCGACUCCGCCGCCAUGGUCAUCCACGGCCAUGACACCACCCUCCCCAUCUCCCUCGACGACAUGCUCGCCCACUGCCGCGCAGUCGCCCGCGGCGCCUCCCGCCCCCUCCUCGUCGGCGACCUCCCUUUCGGCUCCUACGAGUCCUCCGCCUCCGAGGCGGUCAACUCGGCUGUGAGGAUGUUGAAGGAAGGGGGAAUGGACGCGAUCAAACUGGAAGGCGGCGCACCGUCGAGGAUCUCUGCAGCGAAGGCGAUUGUCGAGGCGGGCAUCGCGGUCAUGGGGCAUGUUGGAUUGACUCCGCAGGCUAUUAGUGUGCUUGGGGGGUUCCGGCCGCAGGGGAAGACAGUUGCUAGUGCUGUCAAGGUCGUGGAGACGGCACUUGCUUUGCAGGAGGCGGGUUGCUUCUCAAUUGUUUUGGAGUGUGUGCCUGCACCAGUUGCUGCAGCAGCGACUGCUGCACUGCAGAUACCCACCAUUGGCAUUGGUGCUGGACCUUUCUGUAGCGGCCAGGUGCUGGUUUACCAUGAUUUGUUGGGUAUGUUUCAGCAUCCUCAUCAUGCUAAGGUUACUCCGAAGUUCUGUAAACAAUAUGCACAUGUGGGAGAUGUCAUCAGCAAAGCUCUUUCACAGUACAAAGAAGAAGUAGAAAAUCGUUCAUUUCCAAGUGCAGUUUAUACACCAUAUAAAAUAAGUGAAGCUGAUGUUGAUGGUUUUUCAAAUGAGCUGCAAAAGAUGGGCUUGAAUGAGGCAGCUUCAGCAGCUGCUGCUGCUGGUAAAAAUGAGGAAACAGCUGGAUAGCCAUCAGAUGGCAACUGCGCUAACUUGUUUGAAUUUGCAUACAGGAAUCAGGCCUAUCUAUACCGGUUUAUUCAGCUUUUCUUCUUUUCAGUUAUUGCUUUAGCAGUAAAUUACAGAAACUGCCUAUUUAAAUAUUUAAAAGUAAGGCUGCGUACAUUGACCCUCCGCAGUCCCUACAUUGGCAGAAGCCACGUGCACUGGGUACGCCCUUUAUGCUUUAGCAAUAAAUUACGGAACAUUGUUUUUUAAGUUUUAAAACAAAUUACUGGCCCCUCCAUGUUGAUGAUGGUGAUUGUUUAUGGUAAAAGUAUAUUUCAUUCUCAAAAUAAAGGGUGAAGUAUCUUAUUCUAGUUUUUGGACACAAGCAAUCAAUUAACAUUUUUGUUUAUUUUCUUGAUAGAUAUAAGGUUUAUUUCCAUUUUUUUUGUAAUUUUUCGUGUUGAUGAUCAUUAUAUAAACGUAAAGAUUUUUUCCCUUGGUGGUGACACAUUAAAAUGUUAAUUAUGUUCUCUGCGGUCUUUUGUCAUCAUGUUUUAUAUUUUUUUGUUCACGAUAUGUAGUUGUAGGCCUAGCUUUUCUUAAAUGUUCAUUCCGCUGACUAUUUCUGGAUUAUUCUUAGGUAAUUAUCUUAAUUGUCAUGAAGCACACUGAGUAUAUUGGAGACUACGUCAGCAUAGGUUAAGAACCGGACCACACACCGGAAGAACUGGUCCACUAACAGCUGAACUCUAGAUUUUGUGUAUGUUACAUCAAGUUUUAAUGGUUAUCUCACUUCUGGAAGGUUUCUUGCUUAAAUUUCAAACAAAUAAUUAAACUUGUGCUUCCUUGA